UUAAAUUCUAUUGUAUUAAACAUAUUAAACAUUUUAAGUAAUUAACAAAGUAAUAGGUUCGUUUUAACAAAAGAUUGUUUUAGGAAAAUAUAUUUAGAUAUAAAAAAGCAUUAUCUGGUGCUUUGAUGUUGAAACAGGCCACAUUACCCUUGAGAAUAUUCUAAUUGCUUUUCAAUUAACGGCUCUGGCAUAUAAAAGAGAAGGAUAGCGUAGAACAAGAAGCAUUUAUUAUCGUAACACUAGCGUAUUUUUUAUAUAUCAUUCAUAAUUUCGUUAUAUUAAUAUUAAAUAUUGCAAAUAAUUAGCAAAAUGUUGCGUUCGAAAGUGUUUCUGAUUAAUAUUGUAUUCAUUUUAAGUAAUAAAAUUUGUUGUACGCAUGAACGAGUAACUAAUGAGAAUAACGUCGAAUUUAUGGUUAAUUUGGUUCGUAUAAAAAAUAACAUUCACGAAGAACAAUACAGGAAUGAUGCUAGUUUAAAUUCAACGUUGAAGAAACUCGCGGAUUCAAAUAAGAUCGAACAAUUUAAAUUUCAGGAUUGUUGGAACCGAAACGGAAAAAAGCUAAAUUACAUUAAAGUGGAACUGCCCCAUCAAGAGAGUCACACUAAAGUUUUACACAGCGAUAUUGUCAUUGAAAUCUAUGAACCGAACAUCCAAACGAACACCGUCAACAUUUAUUUGAAUAAAUUCAUUUUAAAAUAUCAGAACUCAUCGAAGAAGAAAAAGUUUCUAAUCAACAAACACGUCUCAAGGCAAGAGGUGAAGAGCGAGAACUGUAUGAAAAUUCAUUCAAGUAAAGACAUUUGCUGGAUGAUAUUCGACGCGGAUAAAUUCUUAAAAAAAUGGUUUGAAAUUCACAAAGUUUAUGAAAAUUGGUUGAUAAAAGUUGUAGCCAUAUUCAAAGUUGAAACUAUCGCAAAGAAUAUACUAAACAAAAAUUUAAAGCCACACCAACAAAUGCCGUUCAUGCUGUUGUACUUGUCAGCCAGUCCCAACAACGACAGCUCUCUCUACGGCAAACUUACCGAUGAAAAUAUCGAAACGAUGCAACAACAUUUGUCGAAAUUGAGACAAACAAGACACACCUGGGAAAACAAUAACAAACAUUACAAUCAUAAACUUAAGAAAGAAAAUCACCACCACAAUUACGCACCUCAACGCAAGCGAAGAAUUAACGACGAAGCUGGUCACUGGUGCAAACGGAAACCGCUGUUCAUCAACUUUUCUGAUUUCGAGUGGGAUUGGAUCAUCGCUCCCACCACGUACAAAGCCUUCUACUGCAGCGGCAAGUGUCCUUCACCUUUGCACAGCCAAAUGAAUGCCACCAAUCACGCGGUCAUGCAAAUGAAGGUGCACGAUCUGAACCCUGCCGUACCCAGGCCUUGCUGCGUACCGACAGAAAUGAGUUCCCUGUCCUUAUUCUACUACGACGAGAUGGGAACAGUGUUAAAAGAUUAUAAGAACAUGAUCGUCGAAGCUUGUGGAUGCAGAUGAAAGAUAUUUUUAGAAUAAUUAAACCAUAUCUAUAAACAGCCAGACACAAUUUUGUUACUCGGUUGCUUUUAGGUUAACAAAAACAACAUUAUCGUUAUUUAAGGAACAAUAUUAAGCUUAACAACAGUUUAUAUACAAGAUGAAAGUGUCUCGAACAUGAUUUAUUUAUCUAUUUUAAUUGCAUUCUUAAUGAUAAAUCUUAAAAAGUG